UGUACGGCUCCUCCCCUUCAGUCUUGCACAGGUGUCCCGGCUCCUCCCCUUCAGUCUUGCACAGGUGUCCCGGCUCCUCCCCUUCAGUCUUGCACAGGUGUACGGCUCCUCCCCUUCAGUCUUGCACAGGUGUACCAGCUCCUCCCCUUCAGUCUUGCACAGGUGUACCGGCUCCUCCCCUUCAGUCUUGCACAGGUGUACCGGCUCCUCCCCUUCAGUCUUGCACAGGUGUACCGGCUCCUCCCCUUCAGUCUUGCACAGGUGUACCGGCUCCUCCCCUUCAGUCUUGCACAGGUGUACCGGCUCCUCCCCUUCAGUCUUGCACAGGUGUACCGGCUCCUCUCAUUCAGUCUUGCACAGGUGUACCAGCUCCUCCCCUUCAGUCUUGCACAGGUGUGCCGGCUCCUCCCCUUCAGUCUUGCACAGGUGUACCGGCUCCUCCCCUUCAGUCUUGCGCAGGUGUACCGGCUCCUCCCCUCCAGUCUUGCGCAGGUGUACCGGCUCCUCCCCUUCAGUCUUGCACAGGUGUACCUGCUCCUCCCCUUCAGUCUUGCACAGGUGUACCGGCUCCUCCCCUUCAGUCUUGCACAGGUGUACCGGCUCCUCCCCUUCAGUCUUGCACAGGUGUACCGGCUCCUCCCCUUCAGUCUUGCACAGGUGUAC